UUUGAAAGUAAUGUAGGGCCUCCCAUUUUAAAUGGCUAAUACAAAUAUACAUGAGACAUUUCGUAGAUGCAUGUAUUAGAUUAUUCAUUUAUGGUACAUUUAUUACCAUAAUGAGCAUGUAUUAGGUAAACUCACUAUUUAAGAUUUGGUACAUGUAUGGCCAUGGAAGAUGCAAAAAGUUUCUAGUCGGGAUCAUGGAACUCUCGCUCGAGAAGUAAAUUAGUCCUUGAUUGGUCAUAAAGAUAUAAGUUCUUAUUAGGUCAGGGACAAUCGACCGUAGGUUAGCAAUCCUCUCUCUCUAGUAUAGCAACUCAUCACCUUCCCUUCAAAACCCCCCUUGAAUCGCACCCAUAGACUCUUGAAACAAAAAGUCAGUCAGCCAGCUCAUAUAUAUAAAUAUAUAAACAAACCAAAAUUAUUUCAAAUCUCACAUUCAACGAUCAAAUUCAAACGACUUCAUUAUGUAGAUCUCAAACGACUUCAUUAUGUAGAUAUUAAUAGAGCAAUAAGAGCAUCGUUCCGAUAGAUAAUUCUCCUAUACAGUUCAUUAAAAUAUCCAAUCUCAUUAGUUUAUCCCAUCUAGUUGAAUGAUCGGUCUUAACUCGAGAGCAAACAACCAUCCAAUCGAGUUCAAGAAUAGAAAAUUAGAUAUUAUCUCCCUGAUGACAAUGUAGAUGGGAAUUCAAAGUGGAACAGAUUAAACAUAUCACUAAAAAUCCAACUGCCAAAUUAUAUGCUAAUAUUUAUAUCUUAUAAGAUGCAUUUGGUUUGGUUAUACCCUCCACAAUGAAUAACAGCUAUCUUCAGGAACUUACCUACUCAACUCAACUAUGAAAAUUCUGAAAAUAAUGGCCGAAGCUAAUUCCAAGAACUAAUUCAUCAAAAGCAUGCAUAUCUUCAAGAACAGAUCCAACAACUUCACCAUUUUUGGUGGUUCAUAUCAACUCCAAAAUCCAAAUUGAUCUAAGAUUUUCAGCAGUGUAUAAAGAGUAGAGUUCAUACCUCUUUGCAGAUCACCACAAGAAUUACAAUCCUCUGAGUUCUACAAGCAAGAGAAGCUCUGCAUACCGACUCUGCAACAUGUUCAGGCAAUCAUCUUCUCGCGCCUUCAUCGCAAUGGCGAUCAUUGUGGUGCAUUUUGUGGCGUUUAAGUCUGCAGCUGUCACCGCUAAUACUGGGGGGGAGGAACCGAUUACUGGCCUACUGGGGAACAUAUACACCGGUNAAUUUUACAUGCAUGACAUUCUCGGCGGUGGCAGCCCAACAGCAAGACCGAUUACUGGCCUACUGGGGAACAUAUACACCGGCCAAGUACCCUUUGCCACACCUAUAGACUUCCUUCCCCCAGAUGAUGGCAUAGCAAUCCCAAAUGCUAAUGGUGCUCUCCCCACUGUUAAUGGCAACAAUGGGAUCCCUCUAGGGACUGGCUUGUCUGGUACUGCUUUUGCUGGAAAUCCCAACCCACAAAAUCUUCCCCAGACCCAAUUGGGACCUGAUGGGUUGGGACUAGGCUUUGGAACGAUUACCGUCAUCGAUGACAUCUUGACCACAUCACCGGAGUUGGGCUCACAGUUAAUUGGCAAGGCACAAGGGGUGUAUGUGGCUAGUUCUGCUGAUGGGACUACACAGAUGAUGGCAUUUACGGCCAUGGUUGAAGGAGGAGAGUAUGGUGACAGUCUCAACUUCUAUGGAGUAUUCAGGAUUAAUAGCCCCUCAUCACAUUUGUCAGUGACUGGAGGAACUGGCAAGUUCAAGCACGCACGUGGGAUUGCAGAGGUGCGCUCGCUCAUUCCUCCUGGCCAGCACGUCGCUGAUGGAGCAGAAACAUUGCUGCGGUUCAUCGUCCAUCUAAGCUAUUGAAAACCAAUAUGGUGAACAAAGAACAAUGCAAUUUAUGUGAGGUUAUGAAUGCAAUCAUGGUCUGUAGUUUCUACCAAAUGCAGCAGCAAGUCAAAAAAUGUAAUCGAGUCUUAUAAAAUUUAAAUAUUUCUCAGUUG